AUGAUGGAGUUCAUCCUCAUGUUUGCAGUGGGGGAACUGAGACCUGAGAAAUCAAGUUACUUCUGCCAGGUCCCAGCGUCGAGGGCAGAGCUGUGGUCGGUGCCAGGAUUCCUGACACCAUAUACGGCCUCCAAGGUGGCUCUGGACGCCUUGGCACACUCCCCCGUUUCCCUGCACCCUCGAUUUCCACGCGCCUCCGAUUCCCAGCACCCCCUUGGUAGACGAUUUUCAAAGUUGGAGCGGUCGCGGCUGGCGGGCGCGCGCGCGCCACGGGGCCGGGGAAGCGGCGGACCUGACCGCGCGCUCUCCUCUGUCGCAGGCUACGAGGGCCCCGGCUCGGUGCUGGUGUCGCCGGUGCCGCACCAGAUGCUGCCCUACAUGAACGUGGGCACGCUGUCCCGCACCGAGCUGCAGCUCCUCAACCAGCUGCACUGCCGGCGGAAGCGGCGGCACCGCACCAUCUUCACCGACGAGCAGCUGGAAGCGCUGGAGAACCUCUUCCAGGAGACUAAGUACCCAGACGUGGGUACGCGCGAGCAGCUGGCCCGGAAGGUGCACCUCCGGGAGGAGAAAGUGGAGGUCUGGUUUAAAAACCGCCGGGCCAAGUGGAGGCGGCAGAAGCGGUCCUCGUCGGAGGAGUCAGAAAACGCCGAGAAGUGGAACAAGCCGUCCUCCAAGGCGUCGCCCGAGAAGAGAGAAGAGGAAGGUAAAAGCGACUUGGACUCGGACAGCUGACGGCCGCAGGCCGGCCCUGGCGCUUGCCUAACUGGAAGGACUUGCACAGACGGACGAUGCUACUUUGUUGCACACGCGCUGCCUUGCAGGAGGGGGUCGAGAAAAAGGAACCGGGAGCUGUAAAUAGUGUACGCAGCCGGG